CUUUCCCGCAAAAUUUGCAGUCUUCAAGCACCUGUGCUGAUAUCUUUUCAAGUUAGUUAAAUAACGGUUUUAACGAUCCCCAUUCGGAGAAAGGAAGAUGAUUAGUUGGGGCGAUCUUUACACCGUUUUAACGGCGGUGAUCCCUUUGUACGUUGCUAUGAUAUUGGCAUACGGGUCGGUUCGUUGGUGGAAGAUUUUUACCCCGGACCAGUGCUCGGGAAUCAACCGUUUCGUCGCCAUUUUCGCCGUCCCGCUCUUGUCUUUCCAUUUCAUUUCGACCAACGACCCUUACGCCAUGAACUUCCGGUUCAUAGCGGCCGACACGCUGCAAAAGCUCAUCAUGCUGUUCGUUCUGGGAUUGUGGGCUAAUUUGACUAAAAACGGCAGCCUGGAAUGGAUGAUCACCAUUUUCUCUUUAUCAACACUUCCAAACACUCUCGUGAUGGGCAUUCCGCUUUUGAUCGCCAUGUACGGUCCUUACUCGGGGAUGUUAAUGGUUCAAGUCGUGGUGCUCCAGUGUAUUAUUUGGUACACGCUCCUUCUCUUCCUUUUCGAGUACCGCGGUGCCAAAAUCCUAAUCAUGGAACAAUUUCCGGGAACUGCAGCUUCCAUUGUUUCUUUCAAAAUUGAUUCCGAUGUCAUGUCGCUCGACGGCCGAGAUUUCCUCGAGACCGACGCUGAAAUCGGAGAAGACGGGAAGCUACACGUUACAGUGAGGAAAUCUAAUGCUUCGAGGAGGUCUUUGGGGCUUUGUUCGCUUCCCGCAUUGACUCCGAGACCGUCAAAUCUCACCGGAGCCGAGAUAUACAGUUUGAGCUCUUCGAGGAACCCGACUCCGAGAGGUUCAAAUUUCAACAACUCCGACUUUUACUCCAUGAUGGGUGUUCAAGGAUUUCCCGGACGGCAAUCCAAUUUCGGUCCGGCUGAUUUGUACUCCGUUCAACAACAGACUCCAAGACCAUCGAAUUUUGAAGAAAACAGCUCGGUUAUGUCUCCGAGGUUUGGAUUUUAUCCGGCACAAACAAUUCCGACAUCAUACCCUGCUCCGAACCCUGAAUUUUCAUCCGUAACGAAGAACACUAAAGCUAUCCAACAACAGCAGCAGCAAACGGUUCAACCGCAGCAGCAGAAGGAUAAUAGUAAAGAGAACAAUGAUGCAAAGGAAUUGCACAUGUUUGUGUGGUGUUCGAGUGCUUCGCCGGAAUCCGAAACCGGAGGACUUCAAGUCUUCGGUAACACGGAUUUCGGAGCUUCCGACCAAUCUGGACGGUCCGAGCAGGGUGGUAAAGAGAUCAGAAUGUUGGUUUCUGAUCACCCUCAAAACGGGGAAAAUAAAGCUAUGCCAGGCAGUGGUGACUUUCACGGAGAAGGCUAUAGCUUUGCUGGAAAUGAUGGGGAAGAAGAGAAAGAAAAAGAAGGACUCAAUGAACUCAACAAGUUGGGGUCCAGUUCAACGGCCGAGUUGCACCCGAAUGCCGGAGAAGCGCCGGAUAUUGGUGGUGGUAAACAAAUGCCUCCGGCCAGUGUAAUGACCCGCUUGAUCUUGAUCAUGGUGUGGCGCAAGCUUAUCCGAAACCCCAACACAUAUUCCAGCCUCAUUGGACUGAUUUGGUCCCUAAUUGCUUUCAGGUGGCAUGUGAGUAUGCCUAAAAUAAUAGAGAAGUCCAUCUCCAUACUGUCAGAUGCUGGAUUGGGAAUGGCCAUGUUUAGCUUAGGUCUGUUUAUGGCACUGCAACCCAAGAUCAUCGCUUGCGGGAACUCCGUUGCUACAUUUGCCAUGGCGGUUAGGUUCUUGACCGGUCCGGCCGUCAUGGCUGCUGCUUCGAUUGCUGUAGGAUUGCGCGGCACCCUCCUUCGUGUCGCCAUCGUUCAGGCGGCCCUGCCACAAGGAAUUGUACCAUUUGUGUUCGCCAAAGAAUACAAUGUUCACCCUGCAAUCCUCAGCACUGCGGUCAUCUUUGGGAUGUUGAUAGCAUUACCAAUAACGCUCGUCUACUACGUUCUUCUAGGACUGUGAGGGUUUGUUUCCCUUUUUUCCCGUAAUAAGCCAGAAUAUGAAGGGAGUUAUCUAGGGUUUGGAUUCGUGCUAUACAUUUGGAACGGAAGCAUCGAUCGAAACCGGAUUACGUUGUUAAUUAACAUGAGGAUUUUUCGGGGAAGAAGACUUUAAUGUAAAAAAAAGGUUCUAAAAUCAUUGGAGAUGACAUAGGUAAAGUUAUUUUGACUUAGCAAUGUGUCCUCCCCGAUAUAAGGAUCAUGUCCCCAUUAAAGGCCAAGUUUAUCCAAUUUCUUAGAAUAUUUUUCACACGAUGAAACCAUAAGGCUAGACAUUGAAGAGGAAAAAGAGGGAAAAUGUGGUCUCUUCAUCUUCCUUAUAUUUUUUGUAAAGUUUGAUUUCACUCUGAAGAAAGUAGCAAAAGGGUUUUUCUUUCUUUCUUUUUUAUUUUGUAGAGAAGAAAUGUAAUCUGGAUUUGUUUCUGAUAUUUACUUUGAUUGGCAUUA